AUGGCGUACAUCCAGUUGGAACCAAUAAAUGAGGGUCUCCUUGCUAGGAUCUCGGAUCUCUUGCUGUGCCGGUGGACUUGUAGAAACUGUUGUCAGAAGUGCUUUGACUGCACCUGUUGUCAAACAAAUGAAGAUGAAGUUGAAAUCCUGGGACCUUUUCCUGCUCAAACUCCAGCCUGGCUGAUAAGCAGCCAAAAUGAGGAGAAAGAUGGAGACUCUGAUAAUACAAUCAGUGAGCUGCCUCCCACUCUUCAGGAUGUUUCCCCUGACAGAAGGCGGUCAUCCUCAGAUGCAUCACGGUCCACUUACAGCCUCACGAGGCGGAUUUCAAGUUUAGAGUCGAGGAGGCCAAGCUCUCCGUUAAUUGACAUUAAACCUAUUGAGUUUGGAGUAAUAGGAGCUAAGAAAGAGAUAGUUCAGCCAACUGUCCUGCGGAAAACCUACACCCCAGAUGACUAUUUUAGGAAAUUUGAACCGAGGCUGUACUCUCUCGACUCCACUAGCGACGAUAUGGACUCCUUGACGGACGAGGAGAUCUUAUCCAAGUACCAGCUGGGCAUGCUGCACUUCAGCACGCAGUACGAUCUGCUGCAUAACUACCUGAUCGUGAGAGUCAUCGAGGCCAAAGAUCUGCCUCCUCCGAUUUCCUACGACGGGUCAAGGCAGGACAUGGCUCACUCCAACCCCUACGUGAAGAUCUGCCUUCUUCCUGAUCAGAAGAACUCCAAGCAGACCGGAGUGAAACGCAAAACGCAGAGCCCGGUGUUUGAGGAGAGGUACACAUUUGAAAUCCCCUUUUUAGAAGCCCAGAGAAGAACUCUGCUUUUAACCGUAGUGGAUUUUGACAAAUUCUCACGCCACUGUGUUAUUGGCAAGGUGUCAAUGCCCUUGAGCGAUGUAGACCUUGUGAAAGGCGGACACUGGUGGAAAGCCCUUGUGCCUAGUUCUCAGAAUGAAGUGGAGCUGGGAGAGCUGCUGUUGUCACUAAACUACCUACCCAGUGCAGGAAGACUGAAUGUGGACAUCAUCAGAGCAAAACAGCUUCUUCAGACAGACAUGAGCCAAGGUUCAGAUCCCUUUGUCAAAAUCCAGCUUGUUCAUGGACUAAAGUUAACAAAAACCAAGAAGACCUCCUGCAUGCGCAGGACGAUAGAUCCCUUCUACAACGAGUCCUUCAGCUUCAAAGUUCCACAGGAAGAGCUGGAGAAUGCCAGCCUGGUGUUCACAGUCUAUGGGCACAACGUGAAGAGCAGCAAUGACUUCAUUGGGAGGAUUGUGAUCGGGCAGUACUCCACAGGAGCCCCCGAGUCCAACCACUGGCGCCGGAUGCUCAACGCGCACCGGACGGCCGUGGAGCAGUGGCACAGCCUGCGGUCCAGGGAGGAGUGUGACCGUGUCUCUCCGGCUUCCCUGGAGGUAACAUGA